GUUAUGAUGGGUAUCAGUUUGUUGGAAGUGAAUCCAAAAACUGUACAGAUAUUAAUGAGUGUUUAGUUGAUAAUGGAGGCUGUCAGCAUAUUUGUACAAAUGCUGAUGGAAGUUUUGAGUGUUCAUGCAAUACAGGUUACACUGGAGGUAGAUUUUGUACAGAAUUAGAUGAAUGCGCUUAUGGUGUAUCUAACUGCAACCAGACAUGCUUUAAUACUGUAGGUAGCUACUACUGUGGUUGUGAGUAUGGGUACAGCUUAAGCAAUGACAGUUAUUCUUGUAUAGAUCAUGAUGAAUGUGCUCAGGAAAUUGUUAUAUGUGAUCAUGUUUGCAUCAAUGAUCCUGGUUCAUUUCAUUGUGAAUGUAAUACUGGUUAUGCUUUAGCUGCCAAUAAAAUAUCAUGUAAAAAUAUUGAUGAAUGUCAAACUGAUACUGAUAAUUGUCAACAAGGGUGUACUGAUACAGAUGGUUCUUACACUUGCUAUUGCUAUUCUGGAUAUCAAUUGAAUACCACAACCAAUGCAACUUGUUACGAUAUUGAUGAAUGUAUGGAUGGAACAUCUGACUGUAUUCAUUUGUGUAAUAACACUAUUGGUAGUUAUGUUUGUGGCUGUGGUAUUGGCUAUCAAUUAGACAGUGAUGGAGUAACAUGCAUUGAUAUUAAUGAAUGCGAUUCUAAUAAUACUGAAGAAUGUGAGGACAGGUUAGUCAGGCGGAGUCUGCCCUACCUGACUAAUAGAAGGUGUAGUACAGAAGAUAUUAAUGAGUGUAGCUUGUUCAAUGGUGGUUGUGAUCAUUAUUGUAGUAAUACUAUUGGAUCUUAUGACUGCUCAUGUAAAAAUGGAUAUACUUUAUCUUGCAAUGGACACAAUUGUUCAGAUAUUAAUGAGUGCAAUGAUAAUAAUGGAGGCUGUAAUCAAACCUGUACCAACACUAUGGGUAGUUACUACUGUAGCUGUAAGAUUGGGUAUUAUAAUUUGACAGUUACUGCUGAGAAUUGCUCUGACAUCAAUGAGUGUGAGGAUAAUAAUGGUGGCUGUUCUCAAACUUGCAUUAAUACUCCUGGAAGCUUUAAUUGUGAAUGUUAUGAUGGAUAUGAUUUCAUUAAUGGUAGCACUACUGACUGUACUG